GGUCCCUCCCUUUCGCCACCCCUCCCCCACUGAGUCAACUCACUCCCAACUCGGAAGUCAUAAGAAGUAUCGCCCAAUUCACACACGGACGCUCGGCUCUUAAAGAAAAUCCCAAACAGAAACUGCAUCGCUCUCCUUGGCGAUCUCCACGAAGCGCCAUUUAUCUCUCCUCUCUCUCUCCUCCCUCGCAUUGCCAAUAACAACACUCGUUCAUCUCUCUCUCCGCCCCCAUUCUCUUUCAGUUCAUCCUCUCUCUGCGCGAUCUCCAAUCAGCUACUUUCCGAUAAUCUUGGAUUUGGAAAUCGUUGAUCUUAUUGGCGAGAUCAGUGUGUAACUUGGAGGAAUUAGCCUUCGGGUUCGGAGAAUGGCUUCGAUAUCUCAUUCUCCACUGGCGUUUGCUGGAACAAGCACCGCUUCGGAUCUUUUUCGGAGCUCCAGUAAUGGCGUCGGCGGUGUUCCGUUGAGAGCUUUAGGGAAGGUGCGGUUGGGCAUGAGGAGGAACGUUGUGUUGGCCGCCAAGCUCAGGAAGGUGAAGAAGCACGAGUACCCCUGGCCUGAGGAUCCCGAUCCGAAUGUCAAAGGUGGAGUGCUCACUCAUCUCUCUCACUUCAAGCCGCUGAAGGAGAAGCCCAAGCCGGUUACCUUGCCGUUUGAGAAGCCGCUUGUUGAUAUCGAAAAGAAGAUCAUUGAUGUGCGGAAGAUGGCGAACGAAACUGGGCUGGACUUCAGUGAUCAAAUUAUUUCACUGGAGAAUAAAUACAACCAGGCUUUAAAGGAUUUAUAUACGAAUCUGACUCCUAUACAACGUGUGAAUAUUGCACGACAUCCAAACAGGCCAACUUUCCUUGACCAUGUGUUUAACAUUACUGAUAAGUUUGUAGAGCUUCAUGGGGACCGAGCAGGGUAUGAUGAUCCUGCUAUUGUCACUGGUAUAGGAACUAUAGAUGGUAGAAGGUAUAUGUUCAUGGGUCACCAGAAAGGUAGAAAUACGAAGGAGAAUAUUAUGCGUAACUUUGGGAUGCCUACUCCUCACGGUUACCGGAAAGCUCUGCGCAUGAUGUACUAUGCAGAUCACCGGUUCCCAAUUGUUACUUUCAUCGAUACGCCUGGUGCAUAUGCAGACCUUAAAUCUGAGGAACUGGGCCAAGGUGAAGCCAUAGCUCACAACUUGCGUACUAUGUUUGGUCUGAAAGUACCUAUUGUCUCUAUUGUCAUGGGAGAAGGUGGCUCUGGUGGUGCCCUUGCCAUUGGCUGUGCUAAUACAUUACUAAUGCUUGAAAAUGCAGUUUUCUAUGUUGCCAGUCCAGAAGCAUGUGCAGCAAUCUUGUGGAAGAGUUCUAAAGCUUCUCCAAAGGCUGCUGAAAAGCUGAAAAUUACUGCAACUGAGUUGUGCAAACUGCAAAUUGCAGAUGGCAUCAUCCCUGAGCCGCUUGGCGGCGCACAUGCGGAUCCUGCAUGGACCUCUCAACAGAUCAAAAAUGCAAUUAACAAAGAAAUGGAUGAGCUCCAUAAGUUGGACACAGAAGCAUUACUAAAGCAUCGCAUGAUGAAGUUCCGGAAAAUUGGUGGGUUCCAAGAAGGAAUUCCUAUAGAUCCAAAGAAGAAAAAGAACAUGAAACCAAAAGAGCAGCCUGUCUAUGUGAAGACUCCGGUUGUAGAUUUGGAGGGUGAGGUUGAAAAGGUAAAACAGCAAAUCUUGAAAGCCAAGGAAUCUUCUAAUGAGCCUCCAUUGGUGCCACUGACUGAGACGAUAAAAAAACUGAGAAAGGAAGUGGAUACUGAAUUUUCUGAGGCAGUUAAAUCCUUGGGUUUGAAAGAGAGGUUUGCCACUUUGCGAGAAGAAUUUGCAAAAGUAAAUGCACAGAACCAACUCCUGCAUCCAGCUCUAAAAGCAAAGCUUGAUAAGCUUAGGGAGGAAUUCAACAAAGGGCUGCUGACAGCUCCUAAUUAUGAAGACCUAAAAUAUAAACUCGACAUGUUGAAGGAAUUGUCAAAAGCAUAUGAUCUUGCCGAGAGCAACAAGAAGGCUGCAAAACUGAAGCAGGAAGUUAACAAGAAAUUCAGCGAGAUCAUGGAUCGGGAAGAUGUUAAGGAGAAGGUUGUGGCACUUAGGGUUGAGGUUGAAAACUCUGGGGUGUCUAAGUUUGAUGAUUUGGAUGACAGCCUGAGGGAGAAAAUCAAGGAAUUGAAGAAAGAGCUGGAGUUUGAAUUUAUUGAUGUCCUCAAGUCAUUGGGUUUGGAUGUUGAAUUAAAAGCAAAAGAGCCCGUUGAGCAAACUUUGCCCUCAGAAGUUAAGAACAAGAUCGAAGAAUUGAAUGGAGAAAUUAAUGAGAGGAUUGAAAGUGUGAUCAAUACAACAGACCUGAAGGACAAAGUUGAGCUACUGAAGUUGGAGAUAGCAAAGGCAGGGAAAACACCCGAUUCAGCAGCCAAAAAUAGAAUCGUGGCAUUGGAGCAACAAAUCAAACAAAGCUUAGCAGCAGCUGUGGAAUCUUCAAAUUUAAAAGAGAAGCAUGAGAAGCUGAAGGCCGAGAUUUCCCAAACUGUUGGAUCGAAUGAAAGUCUGAAGAAGGACGAUGAAGACUCUUUCUCCUUUGAUGCAUCUAGAGUAGUGGGUGCAAAUCGCACGUUCGGUUAAUUACUUCUCUUUUAGUCGGCUUGUUUGCUGAUAUGGUGCCCGGAAGACGAUCUUGUUCGAAACAGAUGGAAGUGCCAAAAGUGGACAAAUAGGGUAACCUUAAGCUGUUGUGAACUGCCUUUUAGCAUAUGUUGACAUCUUGCAAUAGCGUACAAGUUUUGCAUUUUCGAGGAACAAGGAGACACAUCUUAGCUCCAUAGUUUUCUGCCUGAACUUUUUAAAUUUAUAUUAGGUUUCUAUAAUUUUUUUGUUUUUCCCUUCUUUUUUUUCAAUUAAGUGCAAUUCUGUUUCUAUAAAUAGACACCAAAUCAUUUGAGUUUCUCUUUUUAUAGAUUCGGAUCGCUCUGUAUAGAUUGUGUGGGGAGGCUAAUAAAUCGUUUUCGAUACUUAUCUUUCCUUAA